CUCUACUCAUUCUUCUGUCAGCGUUCGAUCGUACCGCACGCGUUUUAGUACUCUGGUAAAUAAAAUCGAUACCGACUGGUGUUUGUGUGGUUUGCAAGAAGUAAGAGAAAUUUCUCUCAAGUGGAAUAAUAGUUGAAAAUACCAACCAAUCUCAAGGAUAUUUUCUGCGCCAGCAGUUGAAAGUGUUUGUUUGGAUUUAUUCGAAAGGAAACCGUGCCGUUUCAAACAACUGGAAGCAAGUGAUUGGAAAGCUUGGCUUAGUGAAAUUUCAAGUGUUUACAAGUGUGAUUAGAAACCGGAGCAAAUCCGGAGGAAAGCCGUCAAAAUUUGUGUGAAACGAGCAAGAAAAAUGAAGGCCAUCACAGCGGUGUGUGCUACUGGUGCCUCAGUGCCGGCAAUUUCCGGCGGCCGAGUGCAGCGACACCGGGAUGGUGAGAAUGCCGAGAUCCAGAUGUACCUGUCGAAGCUGAAGGAUCUGGUUCCGUUCAUGCCGAAGAAUCGAAAGAUUUCCAAGCUGGAGGUCAUCCAGAACGUCAUCGACUACAUCUGUGACUUGCAGAAUGCGCUGGAAUCUCAUCCGGCGGUGAAUAGUUUUGAUCCCGUGCAGGCAUUAGCCAGUCAGCAGUGUCCGGUGGAACCGAUGGAAUCAACCCCCGUUGGUCCACGGCAACCGUUGGGCGUGCGAUCCAGUCCAAAUACUAUUUUGGCGAAUGGUGCACUCAAUGUUCCCACCAGUUCCGCCCUCAGCCCCGCCAAUGGAGCAAGCAGUUCCAGUAGCAGUAACAGUGAAACAUCCAACACGAUCAAAGAAAUGUCGACGUGAAUGGCACUGGCCCCACACCCGUCACCGCCGCCACUGGAACUUCCGUUCCAGUCAGGCUACUCGUUGAGGAGUUUGGAUGAUCUCAGCUUCGAACUGAAUAGAGAUGGGACUGUUUUGUCGCCGGAUAUGGAAUCCGGACCCGGGCUACCGCCCGAAUCGGGCAGCAUAUCCGGUUGUGGAUCCCUUAUUUGAAUCAUGAGCCAGCUAGCUGAAGCGAAUGGAUUAUGUUAAUAAUUAUAUUAAUGUUCUGUGAUCUAUAGAAUAUGUUUUAAGCAGAAGUUUAAUUGAAGGGUCAUUCAACUGAUUUCACUAUCAUAGCGAGAAGCAUAAAUCGCCCUUUCUUUCGCACUGGAAACAAAACAGUCAACCAUCGUUUGUUUUCCUGUGGGAAGGAGGCCUGUACAAAGUGUAGAAUUUAGUUACAAUAAUCUUACCUAAAAAAAAAAAAUAAACACGCUACGGAUCAACUAAUAGAAAUGAGAACAAAUUUGAAUAACUUUUGUUAGUAAUCUUCAAUCCUGAAAUGUGUUAUUUUUUGUAAAUUAAUCGAUGACUUUUAACUUUUGU